CUCUCUCUCUCUUUCGGGGGAGGGGGCGGGCAGGCUGGCUUUGCAGUCCCAGACUCAAAGGCAAGUGAAGGUGGAAAGAAGGCGCGCGAGGGAUCCGGGCCGAAGCGACAACCCCAGCAGAGACCAGAGACAGUGCCAUGACGGAACUUCAGGAAGUGCAGAUCACGGAGGGGAAGCCACUUCUUCCAUCCCCGCCAGCACCUGAUCCAGGCAAGGAUGCUGAACUGAUUACAGCCAAACUUCUGCAGGAACACGGCCAGAAACAUACAGUGGAGACGCCAUAUGGAAUUGUGACAAUCACCAUCCAUGGAACACCCAAACCCAAGCGUCCUGCCAUCCUCACCUACCAUGAUGUGGGACAAAACCAUCAUUCGUGCUUCGACACCCUUUUCCACUUUGAGGACAUGCAAGAGAUCAUAAAGAACUUCGUGGUGAUACAUGUGGACGCGCCCGGCAUGGAGGAGGGUGCCCCGGCCUUCCCUCUGGGGUAUCAGUAUCCUUCUCUGGACCAGCUGGCAGACAUGAUCCCUUGCAUCUUGCAAUAUGUCAACUUCACCAGCAUCAUUGGAAUUGGAGUCGGUGCUGGAGCUUACAUUCUGGCACGCUACAGCCUCACUCAUGCAAACACUGUGGAGGGUUUGGUUCUGAUCAACAUUGACCCUAAUGCCAAGGGAUGGAUGGACUGGGCAGCUCACAAGCUGACUGGCCUGACAUCCUCCAUUCCUGAAAUGAUUGUGGGACAUCUCUUCAGCCAGGAGGAACUGUCCAAGAACACUGAGCUGGUGCAACAACAACGGGAUAUUUUGAGUCAUGCAACCAAUUUACCCAAUAUCCAACUCUACUGGAGCAGUUACAACAGCCGCAGAGAUCUGGCCUUGGAGCGAGGAGGAGACCACACCUUCAAGUGUCCUGUGAUGUUAGUGGUGGGAGAUCAAGCACCCCAUGAAGAUGCAGUGGUGGAGUGCAAUUCCAAAUUGGAUCCAACCCAGACUUCUUUCCUCAAGAUGGCAGACUCAGGAGGACAACCACAGUUGACCCAGCCUGGUAAACUGACUGAGGCUUUCAAGUACUUUGUGCAAGGCAUGGGAUACAUCCCUCAUGUACUGGACAAGAAACUGAGUCAGGGUGGCUUCGUCCUGCAUGACCCGCCUGUCUCGCUCACGCACCGCCUCUCUGUCCAGCGCCGCCUCGGGGGACGGGAACCGCUCCCGCUCGCGCACCCUGUCCCAGAGCAGCGAGGCGGGGGGACCGCAGCCCCCGGCCCCCACCAUGGAGGUGUCCUGCUGAGCGCCGGGCCAGAGGACAAGACCGCCUCCCACCUCUGAACAGGACUUCUGCUAUCCCACAGUGCACUCCGGCCACUGGGCCAUGCGAUGAUCUCCCCUAACGGUACUAAACAUCCAGGGAGGCCCAGAUGGGAUGCAGUUUUACACUUUUUAAAACAAACAUUAACUCCACCCCCUCCCAUCCCAUCCUUCUCACCCAACACAUACGCACCUCCCUCGCCAACCCUGUCUGCUUCUCUCUCUCUCUCGUAACCUAAAACUAGAGUCAGUCUCCAGAUUCUUUAGGGACCCUCAGCACCUAAAGAGAUAUGGGUUGAGUACUAUAAAAUUGUCUAAACUGUUAGGCCCUCCCAAGCACUUAUUUUGAAUUUCUCCUCCAUCCCUAUUUGCACAGUUAGUUUUCUUAACAAAGGGAGAUUUGGAUUAUAUUGUUGGGUUUUUUGUUUUCUGUCCAAGUCGUAACUAACCAUUGUUCCUCCCUCUUGAAUUCCGAGUGAGUAGCCUGGAGUUCUUUGGAGUAGCCUGGAUGGGCAUUGGAUUGCCUUGCUUAUCGCUCUCUUUGUCCCCCUCUGGAAUGUACAUAGCCAAAAACAGAAUCUCACACGAGAGACGCACAAGCCCCUGAGAGCACUUGCAUUGCUACUGUCGUGCCGACAUCGUGCUCCUGAAACGGGAGUUGUCGUCAUCCUGCACCCCAUCCUCACCAUACCUUUGUAUCCUCAGACCUGUUUUGGUCUCAUUUUCCACGUCUUCCAUCAUUCGGCCUAUACUAGAAGGUUCUAGUUCCUUCUCAGGGUUAAGACAAUCUCUGCACUCUUGCGUUGAAAGACACUGACCCUCCAUUUCACCCCUAUUUGGAAUUUCUUUCUCCUCUUCCAUGCAUAUAUUCCUCCGUAACCAAGGGCUGCAUUUCCGAUUCGUUCUCCUUCCUCUCCCCGCCCCUAGUGAAACUAACCUGUCAUAGAUGGUAGCCGCUUUGUGGUGUGCAUGUACAGUUCCUGCUAAGACAGCGAGUGAUUUGGGUGAUUAGGGGCAUUUAGGAGGCUGGGUGAGGGUGAAAUUGGGGAGUUGGGGGGUAUCGGGGAGGGUGGGAUCGUUCCUCUUGGAGGAAGGCCAGGGUGGGAGAAAGGCUCGUGGCUUGAGACGGUUUGUCUUGUCGCAACUGUGCCAGCAUAGCAGGCAACGGUCUGUAUGAUUAUAUACUGGCUUCGUGUAAUGAGAUGUGUGGAGGAGACUCCGACCGUCAUCAGCCGUGAAUUUCACAACAUGCGCUGACUGUAAUGGGCUCCAGCUUCUGGCUUUGAGCAGGGCUCUCAUGGUGUCGUGGAGGGUGCACUUGCAUCAGCUUUUUCUGUAAACGGGAUUCCAACUGUAUCAGUUCUCUGAAUGUUACUGGCUGUAUUAAAAAAAUGUUUAGAUAGUGUUUGCCAUGUUGAUCUCAAAAGAACAAGGGAUUCAAAACAAGGUAAUAUAUUUUCUCUGGACCAGCUAUAAAGGAAGGUAUUCUGCAUGUAAACUUUGGAGUGAUCCCACAUCACUUUCUCAAGCAUGGAAUAUCAUGGUCCAUUGGAAAGUCGCGUUACUUCCUUGUUGACUCUGAAUAGGAACUGGGUGUUGAUAGCUCAGUUUCCUGGACGGAGGGGCAUUGUUUGAAAUGGAAUUUUGACUCCCGCAUAUCAUGGGAUCCUGUUGUGUUUGAGAAUGUGUGAGCUCUGUUUUAUUCCCCCCCAGAGCCGUGGAUGGUGAAUCCCAACUCUUAACAAUAAAGUCUCUAGAGAGGAA